AUGAGUGAGAAGAAGGCACGGCGUCCUCCUGUGGCGCCAAAGCCCUCCUUCAUCCAGCAACACAAUGCUGCCACGGCCAAACCCUCUCCCCUGCCCUCACCCGCCCUCCAGGGUGCCACCUUAGCAUUUGGAGCGCCUGCGGUAAAAUCGCCCAGCAUCCCCGUCUCCGCAUCACAUAAUCCAUCUGCAUCUGCAGGAGCCCUGCUUGCGGCGACCACUGCCUCUAUCAGGAAGCAGCAACAGCGGCAAAAUGAAGCCCCUUCACAAGAAUCAGCCGUCAAUCCUCGGGGUCGGGCGUUGACCACAGAAAAGCUGCCAGUCGCAGUCACCGACCACUCCUCAUUAUCUCCUCCAAAGCUUGGGCUUCGGCCUCAUCCUCCUCGAUCUACCUCUGCCGUUGCUGCCGUUGCUGCUUCUGCGAAAACAAGCCCUGUCCGCCGGCCGGAAUUGAAAAGAGACCUGGCGAGUGCGUAUCUGGCGAGGCGGGAUCCAUCUCAAGUUCGAGGCCGGGGCAUGAGCACAAGUAGCAGCAGCGAGGCCGUCUCAUCAAUCCAACAGAGCGCGGCUGCUCUCGCUGGGGCGAAGGCUUCGAUGACAACAAUAGCCCCCGUUCAGGUGCAGACUGGCACGGGCGACAAGCAUAGAAGCGAGCUAGGCUACCUUCUGAAUUUACCUCUUUAUUCUGCUCAGCCCUCAUCGGCGCCGAGUCCCUCUCUGUCAGGGGCUACGGCGGCCGCCACAGCCUCUAGGAAUGCUGCUAGUCUAGAAGCAAGAAAAAGAGUUCUAUCAACCUCUGAAGAGAGCAGCCCCAGCGCCCCGGUGCUCCGGAAUCUGACUGCCUCUCCUCAAUCGACCACUGGCUCAUUAUGGCCACGCCUCCGAGUAACACCUCCACAGACCGAUUCAGAGAGCGACACUGGACGAUCAAAGAUCGAACAUACCCCCCAACCUCUCGCAGCGCCGGUUCCAUUGCGCGCCAAUCGUGCAGCUGUCGUUGCACAAGAACAAGCCCCCGUUCAGGAUACCCGAACAGGAAUGACUGCAAGUUCUCUGGCGGACGCCAUGGUUGCAGGAUCUAUUGCAGCCACUCACACCGGCUCUCGUGGGGCAUCUCCUGCUUCGAAGAAGGUUCCGCCCCCUAUACCUCGUCGGCGCUCGAAAUCGGUGGGCGCUUUUUCAGGCGCUCGACAGUUGAUGCACCUUCCUGGCAUGAGGAGUGAGACAGUCUCGCAAACACCAAAAUUAAAGCCACUUCCUAUGCGACCUAUGAGGCAGACAUUGCGGAAUAACUCGCCGGACCGCGAUGAACAAGCCGAAGAAAAGCGUGGCCGCAGGCAUUGGAGGCGACAUCCUAACAUGCACCAUGAAGGGGAUCGAAGGCGGUGGAGAGACAAAAUAACGGAACGGGAAAGGAAGCGGUAUGAAGGUGUCUGGGCAGCAAAUAGAGGGCUACUUCUCGACUAUGACCUGGACAACCCGGACUCGGAGUUGAGAAAGGAUGGCACUCCUGCAAGUGACCUGGUCGUCAACGUUGUGGUCCGAGAUAUUUGGGAACGAAGCCGCCUGCCCAAAGAUGUGUUGGAGGAGAUCUGGGAUCUGGUGGCGCAGCCCGGUGCAAAGACGCUCAACCGGGAGGAGUUUGUGGUGGGUCUCUGGCUCAUCGAUCAGAGGUUGAAGGGUAGAAAGCUGCCGGUCAAAGUCUCGCCGAGCGUCUGGUCAAGUGUCAGGCAUCCGCAGGGUGUGAAGAUCUCCAGUAAAGCGCUGCACAAAUAA